AAAUGUCAACCUCAGCAGCUACGCUUUAUGUCUGAGAGGUUAACUCUUUCAAAGAACCCGUUUGGUAAUAUCAUUCAGUGCAGGGCAUUUACUACGAAGUUAACUCUUUCAAAGGACCCGUUUGGUAAUAUCAUUCAGUGCAGGGCAUUUACUACGAACGCAACGUCAGUUUGGUUUAUGUUGGUGAAGCUCAACUGGGAAAAUGUAAACGUAAGCCAGGCCACAUAGCGGAACGUGGCUGUAUUAAACCACACGAGAACAUAAAUGAUUUCAUGAACGCAUUUGCAGAUUUGGUCUUCAGCAGUGGUGAAGAUGCGGAAGGACGUCAGAAUAUUACUGGUGGGAGAGCAUAAGUGGAUUUGUUUUGCCAAGGUGGGGAAGACUUCCCUGAUCAUGUCGCUGGUCAGCGAGGAGUUCCCACAGGUGGUGCCCUACCGGGCUGUAAAGAUCACCAUACCGGCAGACGUCACCCCAGAGAGAGUUCCUACACACAUAGUAGACUACUCAGAGGUGGAACAAACAGAUGAGCAGUUGUCUUCAGAGAUAUCAAAGGCCAAUGUGAUUUGCAUAGUGUACAACAAGAAGUCCAUUGAGAAGGUGACCAGCCAUUGGAUUCCACUUAUAAAUGACAACACAGACAAGGACAGCAGGGUUCCUGUCAUCCUGGUCGGGAACAAGUCUGACCUGGUGGAACACAGCUGCAUGGAGACCAUCCUGCCCGUCAUGAACCAGUACACUGAGAUAGAGACAUGUGUGGAGUGUUCAGCAAAGAACCUAAAGAACAUAUCUGAGUUGUUUUACUACGCCCAAAAUGCUGUCCUGCACCCCACUGGCCCUUUAUACUGUCCAGAGGAGAAACGGGUAAAGAGGUUCCUGUUCCUCCACACCCUCUUCAUCCAGAGGGGGAGACAUGAGACCACCUGGACGGUCCUCAGGAGGUUCGGCUACGACGACGACCUGGAACUCCACCAGGACUACCUGUUCUCACUCACGUUGAAAAUACCUCCAGACUGCACCACCGAGCUGAAUCACAAUGCCUACCUCUUCCUCCAGAGUGUCUUCGACAAACAUGACAAGGACCGGGACUGUGCCCUGUCCCCAGAGGAGCUGAAGGACCUGUUUGACGUGUUCCCUUACAUGCCCUGGGGUCCCGACGUCAACAACACGGUGUGCACCAACGACAAAGGCUGGAUCACCUACCAGGGCUACCUGUCCCAGUGGACGUUGACCACCUACCUGGAUGUCCAGCGCUGCCUGGAGUACCUGGGUUACCUUGGUUACUCCAUCAUCUCUGAGCAGGAGUCCCAGGCAGCGGCCAUCACAGUGACGAGGGACAAGAAGAUUGACCUGCAGAAGAAGCAGACCCAGCGCAGUGUGUUCCGCUGUAACGUCUUCGGGGACAGCGGCAGUGGCAAGAGUGGCAUCCUGCAAGCCUUCCUCGGAAGAAACCUCACGCGUCAAAACAUCAUUAGCGAAGAGCAUAUGUCCUACUAUGAUAUCAGCACUGCAUAUGUGUAUGGUCAGGAGAAAUACCUACUGCUCCACGAGGUCUUCCCAGACUUUGACGUCCUCUCGGACGCUGACCAGGCUUGUGACAUUGUGUGUCUGGCGUACGACGCCAGCAACCCCCACUCGUUCGAGUACUGCGCCAGAGUCUUCAAGCAAUACUUCAUGGACACCAAGACGCCGUGCAUGAUGAUCGCAGCCAAGUCGGACCUCCAGGAGACCAAACAGCUAUACGCCCUCACCCCUCUGGAGUUCUGUAGGAAGCACAAGAUGCCCCCUCCACAGGCCUUCACCUGCAACACGGCAGACGAACCCUGCAAAGACAUCUACACCAAACUCACCACCAUGGCCAUGCACCCUCAUGCUCGGCUGCGCUGUAUGUGUACCUGUAACAGGUGCACCUUCUGCCACCUGCAGAACUUCAUCAACUCAGAGCUGGUGCAGACAGUGAAGGCCAAGCUCUACACCGCCAUUCUCAGCAGACAUGUGACACAGGCUGACCUGAAGAGCUCCACCUUCUGGUUGAGAGUGAGCGUGGGAGCCACCGUGUUUGCCGUGCUGGGCUUCGCCAUGUACAGAGUGCUGCUCAAACAACGGUGAUCCAAUGCAAACCCAACCUUUGCGAGACUUGUACCCAAAUAUUUUUGUGCUGUUUUGCCAACUACUAUGGUGUAUGGAGUGAAUCCUAGCUUCCAGAUAAGUAGAAUUUACACUUAGUCUCCCAUUGACAUCAAUACAUGACUAAGUGAAAAUUCAACUUAAGUGCAAGUUCUGGAUCUGCCCCAUAGGCAAUAGGAGAUGGCAGGACAGCACAGACAGAUCUGGGACCAGGCUAAACCUGGCACCCUCUCCCAAUAAAUAUCUCUCUAAGAUCAUAAAAGAUCCAGUAUGUCCCCCAUGUGAUGAGGGGGGAAAAAAGCAAACAUCAUUUAGUUUUAUACCUAGAGAUUUCACAAGAAAAUGACUGCUAUUGUUCUUUAUUUUGGCUUCUGCACGUCUGUACUCAAAAGUAUAUCAUAUUUAUAUUGAAAAUGUGAUUAUAUAACUACUACUGAUGAAGCUAGUGAUUUCUUCUCUUUGUGCAAAAUAUCAAUUUCUUUUGGUUACCUGUGUGGAUUGAAAUGGGAAAACAAUUCCAUCUUAAGCAGUUGAAGUAAGGGUAGUGAAAUGAGUAUGCAAAAUAACCAAUACCAUACACAAAAAUAUAUGCUUUAAAACAAGCACUGAAACAAUGUGGAAAUAAUGUAUAUAUAUAACUGCUUGUAUAUUUGUUUUCCCUUGAACAAACGGGACAUUAUGAAGUUCAAAUGCUGACUCUAUAAUGGCACAACAAAGCCACAUUCAAUGCUAUAAAGGCAUUAGCUUUCCAUCAUGUAUUUAGUAUUUUCAAAAUGUUCUCAAACCAGUUCAGUAAAGGCUGUUCUACUGUUAUUAAAAUGUUGUUCUUUAGUUUGCCGUCCAGGGUCAGAAGCUCAGUGGCACACUUACAAAUUUGUAAGGCUGAAUCAGCCCAUAUUCAAUCAAUGGAUGUUCCGUAUGGGAUGAUACUUUUUGGGUGUCUGUGCCUUACCCCUAGAACUCAGUAAGGCAGAAGUAGCCUCUGUAGCCCACCCAUGGCUUCCUGUAUGGGUAUGGACCACCCAGGUGGUGUGUGUGUUGGGCAUGGAUGUCAAGUCAAAUUGUGUGUGCUUGCUAUGUGUGUAUGUGAGGCUGUACAGUUAUUGUAUUUGCAUGCUUUGCUUUUUCUGAUCAUCCUCCAAUAUUAUAAUAUCAAAUAUACUGUUUUUAUGAAGCCAACAUUCUUCUCAAUGGUGUUAUUCCAAUUAUCCAAAUGUUAUCCAGCACCCCCAACUCCCAGAACAUUAGGACAAUUGUGUUUCACGUUUGCCUUUCCAAUGUU